CUGAACCGGAAGCUCUUUCGCAGCGUUACAUCCUGCGGAAUAAGGAUACACAUUUGAAAUGGUCCAUGGCUUGAUACUUUACGUUUAAAAUAAACCUCCCAGAUGUUAGCAAAAUGAAUUACAUGCCAGGGACUGCGAGCCUCAUCGAGGACAUUGAUAAGAAACACCUGGUUCUGCUUCGCGAUGGAAGAACAUUGAUUGGGAUCCUCAGAAGCAUAGAUCAGUUUGCUAAUUUAGUUUUGCAUCAAACGGUUGAACGUAUCCACGUUGGUAAGAAAUUUGGUGACAUACCUCGUGGGAUAUUUGUCGUCAGAGGAGAAAAUGUGGUCUUGCUUGGAGAAGUAGAUCUGGAUAAAGAGUGUGAUCAGAUCCUCCAGAGAGUUUCCAUUGAGGAGAUCCUGGAGGAACAGCGGACAGAACAGCAAGCCAAGCAAGAGUCCGAGAGACUGAAGCUACAGGCGGUCAAAGAGCGAGGCUUAUCCAUCCCUAAAGCUGACACGCUAGAUGAUUUCUGAAGCAUCUUUAGUUAUUUUUGGAUGAUUUUAUUUUUGUUUUACCGGUUGGUUUUCUUUGGUUUGAGACUACAUUCCGUCUUGACUUUGAAAUCAUUCUGUCUGAUGAUAGAGGAGUGAGUCUCACGAGAUUGUGACUUCAAGAUUUUGUUUCACUAGUUGCCAUUAAGGCAAUUUGGGGGUAAUUUCCCACCGUCUUUGUUUCUUUAAUGGCAGAUGCCAUAGUGAAAUGAAGGAUGGAGCACCAAACUGAAGCACUUGGCCUGAUGGCUUUUAGUUUAAUCUUGAUAAACAACAAUAAUGGUAUACAAGAAAAUAAGUUUAUUUCAGUGUUCACUAUGUUAUGGAUAUGACGCUAUGUUUAUUAAGUUGGUAUAAUAUGUAAAACACAUGAAACAACACUGAAAAUAUUUUUGUUCUAUUAAACCUAUUUUAUACCGAU